GCGCGCGCCUGCUUGUCCUUCCCUCUCACUCCUCUGCCAUGAGCUCCAGAUGCCCCAGAUGUGAGAAGCCAGUGUUCUUCGCGGAGAAGGUGAGCUCUCUGGGGAAGAACUGGCACCGUUUCUGUCUGAAAUGUGAACGCUGUAAUAAGAUUCUCUCUCCUGGAGGCCAUGCUGAGCAUGACGGGUUGCCAUACUGUCACACACCCUGCUAUGGAACCAUGUUUGGUCCAAAAGGUGUGAAUAUUGGAGGAGCGGGGUCUUAUAUUUAUGACACACCCACUCAGACACUAUGUGAUGGAUCUUUAGAGGUUUCACCCACGACACCAUGGUCCAACUCUCACAUCGAGCAUCAUCAGCCCAAAGUACCAGCUGCCCCGAUACGAAUGUUUUCCGGCGAGACGUCUCUGUGUCCCGGCUGCGGGAAAGUCGUUUACUUUGCGGAGAGAGUGAUGUCACUGGGUCGUAACUGGCACCGACCGUGUCUGCGCUGUGAGAGGUGCAAAAAAACACUGACCUCUGGAGGACACGCUGAGCACGAAGGUCGGCCGUAUUGUCACGUGCCCUGCUACGGCUACCUGUUUGGGCCAAAAGGUGUGAACAUUGGUGAGGUGGGCUGUUACGUUUACGAGCAGGACGCGAACGGAGAGAACGAGAUUCUCAGUUAAUUCACAACGAGCUGAAAUUCAGCUGAAUCAUAUCCAGGACCAGGAAUAUUUUCACCUCCAUAUCAACACAAAUAUUUUUAUUUUUAAUGAAUAUUCAUGAAUAAUAAUCAUCUGGAAAAUGUUAAACGAUUUAAUAUUUUACAAACUGAAUUUGAUAAAAACUCCUGCAUCAGUAAAAAUCCCCACAAACACCCAGACGUGAUGUUACACACUUUAAUAAUGUUCAAGUUUUAUAAUCACGUCCUGUAUAUUUACAUUUAUUAAAAACAUCAGUAAUGAGAAUUAGCUGCAGCUCAGAGCUGAGGAUUUAUACCAUCAACUGUAAUGUGCACAUUCAUCAAUAAAAUUAUAAAAUGUU